AUGGAACAUCUCGAGCUAAAAUUUUCCAAUAUCCACUGUGGUGACUGUGAAACCCGGAUCAAGGAGAUAUUCUCCCAUUUUUAUUCCCUAGUAGAUUUCAAUGCUUCAGUUGUUUUGAACCCUUCAGAAACUGGUUACACUCAAGUUGGAAAUAAGGUAGAUUUAUACCACGAAAUAAGUACCAGUCUGACAUCUUUAGAACACAACCUUAAACCGAUUUUGAAACGAUUAAGACAGAAUGGAUUCAAUGCUAUUUCCAGAGAUUUCUAUGUCGAUGAUAAGUUGGUUUUAAGUCAUAUCGGUGAUAAUGAGGUCUCACACAAUUCAGGUAUCUUUAAUGAGCUCCCUGACGCUUUACAAGGUAUUUUCGGAGCCUGGAAGAAAUACAAGGAUCAAAAUAUUAGAAAACAACAUUUGAAGACAUGUUCAAAAUGUCAACAAGAUAAAAUAUCCGAAGAAUUCAAGAACGAUUCAGAAGAGUCUUUUGAGACAGUGGUUCAGAAAGAAGAUAAAGAAUUCAGAGCUGUUUUCUUUGUUGGAGGUAUGACAUGUGCAUCAUGCGUUUCAUCUGUUAGUGAAGCUAUGAAACAGGUUUUAGAUGACCAGGAUUCAAAAUACGAUGAACCUAACUAUUCAGUGAAUUUACUUCAACAUUCAGCCAUAGCUAUUGUUCCCAGUAAACAUGUGGUUAACCAAGUAAUGAAUGCUAUCAUUGACACUGGUUUUGAAUGUAGAGUUUUAGAAGUGUUGCCAGUGGAGAGGUCAAUCAAUGCUAAAGUUACAGCAGCUAUUGGAGGUAUAUCAUGUGCCGCUUGCUCGGUUUCCAUUACUAAUGCAGUUCAGGAAUUGCCAUUCGUAUUGGAUUGUAAUGUCAGUUCGAUGACUAAAACAGGAGUAUUUGUUAUGGAGAAUUCUGAUGAUAACCUUAAAGCCUUGAAACAAACAGUAGAAGAUUGUGGGUUUGAUUUCGAAGUCAUGGAAACCACUAAGAUCAAUUAUGCUCUGAGUAAGAAACAGAGUAGAAGUAUCAAUAUAUCAGUUCAUGGAAUGUUCUGUAAUCAUUGUCCAGAACUAAUUCAUGAUUAUCUUAAAGAUUUUGGAGAAGUUGUGGUGAUCGAGGAUGAAUUAACUUUGAACCAUCCUAUUAUCAGAUUUACUUAUGUGCCCAACACCAAAACCAAUCUCACAUUAAGAAGAAUUCUUGAUGAUCUUAAUCAUCUUAGAGCAAGUGAUGAUGGGUACAAGGUUGAUUAUUUGAAGGAAGGAAGUUUCAAAUGUGAAGUAGUGGUGCCAAUGUCGAUGGACGAAAAGAUAAAGAUUAUGGCGCAAAACGAAGUAUGGAAAAUAGCUCGUAGACUUAUACUUACAACUAUCUUGGCUAUACCUUCGUUUAUAUUUGGGGUGGUUGCUAUGCUGUUACUACCCAAAAGUAAUUCAUUCAGCAUGUGGGUAGAAGAACCUAUUUGGGCUGGAAAUGUUACUCGUAAUACUUGGAUCUUACUUUUCUUAAGUACUCCAGUAUACUUCUUUGCAGCUGAUAUUUUCCAUUCUAAAGCCAUCACUGAAAUCAAAUCUUUAUGGAUCCAUAAAAAUUCAUUCACUAAGAGAUUGUUCAAAUUUGGUUCAAUGAACUUAUUGAUGUGUCUUGGUACUUCAGUUGCAUAUUUCUCCAGUAUAGUGCUUUUAAUAUUGAGCUCCCAACAGCAUCCUGAAGCUCAUGGUUUCAAAACGUCUUAUUUUGAUACAGUUGUAUUUUUAACAUUCUUCUUACUUAUAGGAAGGUUACUUGAAGGGAUUUCCAAGAACAAAACUGGUAAUGCUGUGGUCGGAUUAGGAAACUUAAAACCUUCUAAAGCAACCUUAGUGGAUGAAGAAGAUUCUAAUUAUGUCAAUGACAGAGAGGUGGAUGUAAAGUUUUUGGAAAUUGAUGAUUACAUAAGAAUUUCACCAGGAGAAUCAUCACCAGUGGAUUGUGUGAUAGUUUACAAUGAAGGAGAAUUUGACGAAAGUGCAUUGACAGGAGAAUCUAAGCCUGUGAAGCAUGUUCCUGGACAUCAAGUUUUCUCAGGUACGGUUAAUGUCAGCAAUAAAGCUAUUGUAGCUAAAAUUUUAAGUUUGGAAAAAGAUUCAUUGAUUGAUCAAAUUUUGAAUACUGUCAGAGAGGGUCAAAUGAGGAAGGCUCCUAUCGAGAGAACUGCUGAUACUUUGACAGGUUAUUUUGUACCUGUUAUUGUUGUAAUCGCUAUAUUGACUUUCUUAUUGUGGUUAAUUUUAAGUUAUACUGGGGUUGUACCAGAAGAUUAUUUAGAUAUUGAUAUUGGAGGAUGGACUAUGUGGUCAUUGGAAUUUGCCAUUGCUGUGUUUUGUAUUGCAUGUCCAUGCGGUAUAGGUUUGGCUGCACCAACGGCUUUAUUUGUAGGAUCGGGCUUGGCUGCCAAAAAUGGAAUUUUAGUUAAAGGUGGAGGUGCGGCUUUCCAGGAUGCGGCUCAUACCAAUAUUGUAUGUUUUGAUAAAACUGGAACUUUAACCUAUGGAGAAUUGAAAGUUAGUGACUUUGCUUAUAAGAAAGGUUUCAAAAAUAUCAGUUUCCAGUUAGCUAGAGAUUUAGAGUUAAGUUCUAAGCAUCCAUUGGGAGAAGCUGUCAAAAGUUUUAUAUCAGAAAGUGGAGUAAAGAUAGAAAAUAAUAAAGUUCCAAACGUGGAGACCAUACCAGGUAGAGGUUUGAAGGGAGAAGUUAUUUUUGAAGAUGGUAAAGAAAAUAAAAUGGGUCUUGAAACUGUGAUUUUAGGUAAUGAAGCGUUUUUGAAGGAAAAUCAAGUUGAAAUCACCACCAAAGAAUCGGAAAUAUUGAAUGAUUGGAAAUUAGAGCAGAAAUCUAUUGUUCUAGUUGCUGUUAAGGCUAGGGUAUUCAAUGAUAAACAGUUCCAUCUUAUUUUGAUGAUUGGGUGUAGAGAUCAAAUUAGACCUGAAUCAAAGACCAUCAUAAAACAAUUGAAUAAAAUGAAAAUGGAGAGUUGGAUGAUUACUGGGGAUAAUAAUAUUACCGCUACAUCAAUUGCUGAAGAAUUAGGUAUUCCUGAUGAUCAUGUGAUCUCUGAAGUGUUACCUACAGAUAAACAGAACAAAAUCAAAGAGAUCAAGUCAUUGCAACCCAAAAAUAUCGUGGCCAUGGUUGGAGAUGGUAUAAAUGAUGCACCAGCGUUGGCCACAGCUGAUAUAGGUAUAGCAUUAUCUAGUGGAACUGAUUUGGCUGUGACUUCGUCGGAUUUCAUUCUCCUUAAUAAAUCACACCCUUUGAUUUCCAUGAUUACCCUUUUUGAAUUAUCCAAGAAAGUUUUCACCAGGGUGAAAUUCAACUUUGGUUGGGCUUUGAUUUAUAAUAUGAUUGGUAUCCCAAUAGCUGCUGGUGUCAUUUAUCCUAUUCAUCAUACCAGAUUAGGACCAGUUUGGGCUAGUGCAGCAAUGGCAGCUUCAUCGAUCAGUGUUGUUUUAAGUAGUUUGGCAUUGAAUUUCUACAAGCCUAAAGUGAAAAUGACUGAACUCCAAGAAGAGUUUGAUCAUCCUAUAAAAGAGAUUGAAUUAUGA